GUCCAUGUCUGGCCAACGAGAAAUGUCAACUCAAUUUCGAACAGGCCUUGCAGCCCCUUGUGCAACCUUCCUUCGACGAACUCCUGCAACUUCGACUUGCUGCUUUAUUGCAGCUGAGCCCUAGGGCAAGGUAUCACUGCAUAACCCCUCACUAGAUUAUUCGCCCGAUUUAUUGGAUACGGAUGUUGUUCCUCGACCCCUCCCAGUACUAUUAUGCCGUAGACUCCGCAGUCCACAGCCCUCUCUUCGAGCCUUGUUUUCUCGACUCUUGUAGAGUGUUCGAUAUGCUCCACUGAGCGUUCCUUUUGCCUUGAAAUUGAUAUCGAACGCCUGUGUGCGCAUCUGUAUCCACGAUGACCAGGCACACGGUAUUAAGAGCGGAUCUGAAAGAGCGCCAUGUGAACAUGAUGGCGUUCAGCGCCUGUAUAGGCUUCGGAUUAUUCCUACAAAGCGGGAAAGUAAUAUACAUCGCCGGUCCAGGACUUGCGAUUAUCGCCUUCGUUUUAGCAGCGUCUGUAAUGUGGUCCGUAAUUGCCUGUAUAGGAGAGAUGACCGCUCUCUUCCCCGUCCAAGGCCCUCUGUUCGAAUUUCCAGGCCGAUUCAUUGAUGAAGCUGUUGGAUAUGCAACGGGAUGGAUCUCCUGGUUUGCGUGGACGGUUAUUAUUGCAGCAGAAGUCCUGGCCGUGGCGCAACUCUGGAAAUUUCGCUUUGACGAGCAGUACCUUAAGGAUGUGGGAUACCCUGAUAAGGAGUUGGGCUGGAGCACAGAGGGAUAUAGUCCAGCGGUCUGGGUCUUCAUUUUCCUGAUCCUGAUCGGCUGUAUUAACCUGCUUCCCGUACGCCAAUAUGGCCAGCUGGAGUACAUAUUUGGAGUUAUCAAGAUCUUCUUCAUAUCAGGGCUGAUCGUUUUUAACGUUAUCCUCUCGGCAAUUCAAAAAGUCCCGCAUGGAAACCAUUUCUGGACUUGGAACAGGCCAUAUGGCUUCUCUUCUGAAAGCUUAGUCGUCCAUCCUUCGCACGACGCAAACCCUGGUGUGGUUCUAAGAGGAGAACAAGGCCAAUUCUUAGCUCUGUGGACUGGGAUUGCAGCUGGACUCUUCUCGUUUGUCGGUUUCGAGACUAUCGCGAUUACCGCUGCGGAGAAUAAAGAUCUUGAAAAACACGAAACAAUCAAACUAGCUACCAAGAAGCUGACGCUGCGGAUUACAAUUCUAUACGUCCUUUGUACCUUUGCGGGUGGCCUCAACGUUCCUUACAACGACCCGAAUCUGGUAAAUAUUCAAAUCAAUUCUGUAAGGGCUGGACAAAACAGUGUAUACGUCCUUGCAGCGGUCAGAAAUCACUUGCGUGUCUGGCCCAGUAUUUUCAACGGAUUCUUCAUAUUUUCGGCAACGACCUCCGGAAUCAAUGCACUCUACAAUUCAAGCCGGUUGCUUCACGCCUUGGCAUCCAUCCCGGAGGCUUGGCCACUCUUCGCUCAAAAUUGGAGAAGACGCCUCGAGAGAACGACUUCCCGAGGCGUUCCUUUGGGAACUGUAACGGUCAGCUGGUGCUUUGGGCUAGUGGCAUUCCUCGCUGUGAAACCAUUCCCCGCAAUCGUUCUGGGUCGAAUCACUAAUAAUGCAGUGGUGUCGGAAUUGAUCUCCUACGCGGCCAUUUGUCUUUCGUACAUUCAGUUCUAUCACCGAAUAAAGGCUGCAGCAGAGGACCAUACCCUGGAGAAUCGAUCUGCAUACAAUCGAGAUGACAAGCAAUAUCCGUAUCGCACGCACGGACAAUUGUUCCGGGCAUAUUACGGACUUCUGUUCUGCAUCUUGCUCAUACUAUUUAAUAAUUGGCGGGCUUUUAUACAUCCAUUUAGCACUCCGGAUUUCAUCGCCUCGUACAUCGGAAUCGUUGCUUUCUUUGCCCUUAUCGCGGCAUACCACAUAAGGUCCGAUGGCUGGAACCCAUUCAAAUGGCGACGACAUGCCUCAAUGCAAAUCUUCCGGCCGCCACCGAAGGUAGUUGUACCUGGACGCAGAAGGGGUCAUCUUGAGUUUCCUAAUCCGAAAGCGCCGAUUUGGGAUGAGGAAAACUUUAAAUCGUUGGUGCAAUUUGUUUGGGGAUGGCUCAAAUGAGAAGGUGCCAAAACUUGCAGUCGAUUUCUCGCGAUAAUACCCUCUUUGGAUGGGCAUGGCGUUACGGUCAACAGUUGAUUUCGAACAACAAUGAUUGGCGUCGGAACACUCGCUUAAGAUUCUUUCCAUAGAUUGUGUACAUCAAAAUAACGAGAUGCAAGCUCUCAAAGACGUAAAUAGUACCUAAUCUUUAACACAGCCUUGGUCUUCCAAUGCUCUGGAUGUGCAACUGCCGGGUGCCAGGUCAAGGGCGAAAGCAUUGCUGAUUAGAGUACAACCAAUACACCUUUUCUGAAUCCCAC